AGAUUAGCACUUUAAUGAAACAGUCUGGCAACGCAGCUAUGUCUGACGAAGGUAAAUGUGCGGAUUUAAUACAAAUUCGAGCUCCAACAUUACGCGGCUUAAGAAAAUGUUCAAGUUGCGGCGCCAUAAAUGGCAGUCGUGCUCUCUUCUGUCGGAAUCUUGCGUGCCCGCAAAAUAAAAACCUUCUCGAUGGCGUACAGCUGGUGUACCAACGUGCCGGCUGUGCUGUCUAUUCGGUGCGUACCAAAGAACGGGAUCCAGAAGCGCAGCCACGAAAUUUUGUGUCCAUUGAGGAUGUGACUGUGUCGUUGCAACCGAAUGCAGCAGUUGUUUCCAGCAAAGCGUUGUGCUAUGUGGACGCUUGCAAGGCAGACAACGACUGCCGGCACAUCAAAGCCUGUCGCGAUGGUCAGGAUCAGAUGCCCAUGGCGCAGGUGUACACCGUGUCACGUGAGGUGCUCUGGAAUCUAAACAUUACUAUAGAGCAAAAGCAACAGCUCUGGCAGCAGUAUAAGUCGGCCGAGGAGCAGGACCACUGGCCGGCAGUGCAGCGAUUAAAUGCAACAACUUUUGUGGUCAAAUGCCAACGAUCGAACACGUUUCCAGCGGCACAUCUGCAUGUGACGGCGCUGGCUAAUGGACUCUCCACCAAGAAGGGCACCUAUGCGUGUGCUUGCCGCAAGCUAAAGAUUAUAGUAGAGCCAGACAACUCACUGGUCAUGCAGGAUGAAAUUUGUGAUCAUUUGCUGCUCGUGUUGGCUGGCAUACUCAGUUCGCCGCAGGGCAAGACGGUCUAUGGCAACUUUACAAAGAGUCUGCAAACAUUUUGGAUGCCCGACAAGCUGGAGACGCCUCUUGGCGAAGCUACACACGAUGAUUUGCGCCUAAGCUUGAGCAUAAUCCCAAGCGGCGAUGUUGAUCUCUCCGAAGACAUAUACAUUUUUGACGAUGAAUUCUGUGUGGCCGACACGGAUCUGCUGCCCAUGCCGGAGGCGCUUUCAGAUAUUAUUUACGACAUGGAUACGGCGCCUACAGCGCACAGCGCCAGCAGCAGUUGUGCUCCUAACGAUGCCCAACUCUUGUCCAACUUUGAUAUAUACGCUGAGCAGCAGCAGGAUCAACAUCUGGAGUUGACCGAUUGCAAUAUUGAGCUCAUGGAUCAAUAUCAGCUGACCGAUCAGCUAGAUUUGUGCAGCGAGGAUAUUGAGCUGCCCUUGGUUAGCGAACCAUACAACAUACUGGCGCCUCAGCCCAUCUUUGCAAAGGCACCGCCAGCAGCCGCCAAUCAGCUGCCCGCCAUAGAGUUGCCCACGAUUGCGGUCGUCAAGAAGUCUGCCAUCAAAGCAUCUGAAAUUGUAGAUGAGGUAAAGACGCGCAAGCAACCGCCGCUACCAGCGAAACGUGCGCUCAUUGUGAACGAACCUACGUGUACAACUGCGGUUGAGGCUGUGGGCGUGGCAGUACAGCCAGCAUUGGCAUAUGAGGCCUGGCUCGACUAUGUAAUAGAGCUGCUGAACUCAACCAUCGAACCAGAGCCUGUGCCUCAGCAGGCAAUUAGCACACGGCAAAUGCUGCAAAGUUUUCAUGUGCACAAGGAAACAUUCUCGCACUUAAGCAAGAGCUUCAGUGCUGGCAUCAAGCGUCGUCCCUUGCAUCAAGUGGCUGUCAUUGACACAGGCAAGCAUAAAGGUCUGAGCAAGUAUGUCUGGCACUUCAGUGCCUCGCACACUGUGAAGCGCAUCUUCAGCAGUCGCAAUGUGUGUAUACGCUCAACUUGCAGCUGGAACGUAGCUUUGAGCGCCAUGCGCUUGGACAUUUUGUGCCGUACGUGCGACAGACGCCCACACAGGCAUCCGCACAGGGCAGACAACGUCCGGUGCAUGCCAAACUGCGGCUCUACAUGGUUAAAAUGCUCUUUGAUGUUGAGCAACAGACAAAAAGUGGUUUAUACAUAUACUGGAUGCCCGACGUGCUGCCUCGCAGCAGCUUUGGACAGAUGGAUGUGGAAUUUACACUGCAAACGCAGGCACCAAUUUAAAUAUGAAGCAUUCCAGUUGUUGCCUUUAAGUUAUGAGAAUUUACAAGCCAUCUAAGUUAUACAUAUAUCUAUGUAUAUAUAUAGAUCGUAUCUUAAUUUAAAUACAGUGCCCUAGAGCUUUUGUAUGCUCUAUAACAAACAAAAUAUGAAAAUUGGUCGUUAGGUUGAAUGUUUUUUAGGUUUUUGUUUUUU